CGAGUACCGGUAUCACAUGUUUCCAUCGAAACAGAAACUAUUUCUAUAUCAAUUCCAGCCUUAAUAGCGUUUACAAUCCUCUCUGGAAUAGGAAUAUUGUUCUGCAUCGGCUUAAUUGCUUUUACUCUAAACUAUCGUCAUGACAGGCAUAUUAAAUUAUCCAGCCCUCGUAUUAAUAUCGUUAGCGCUAUAGGAUGCUUGAUUUGCUAUUUUAGCAUAAUCGUGUUUGGAAUCGACUCUGGAGUUGUUCCUUUAAUCACCGUACCAGCAUUUUGUACAGUGAAAAUUUGGCUCUUAUGCAUUGGAUUUACUUUCGCUUUUGGUGCUUUAUUUGCCAAAACAUGGAGAAUUCAUAAAAUUUUUACUUGUAAAACUAGGCAAUCUGUUAUCAAAGAUUGGCAUUUGUUGACGACGGUUUUCCAGUUAUUAAUCAUUGAUGUUAUUAUUUUACUAUGCUGGACCAUUAUCGACCCUAUGCAGCUAAAGCACCUUACAAUUACAACACAGAUCAAUCAAGAUGAAUCAAAUACCAUAAGUAGACAAUUACAAUACUACUGCAGCUGCAACCAGAUCGUGGUCUGGAUGGCUAUUGUUUUUGGAUAUAAAUUCUUAUUAUUACUCAUUGGCAGUUUCUUGGCUUACGAGACAAGAAAUGUGACUAUUCCUGCGCUGAAUGAUUCAAAAUUUAUUGGAUUUUCAAUCUACAAUGUCACAUUACUGGCUGCUGUAGGUAGUAUCAUUUCUUUCGUCGUCAGAGCUAGUCCAACAACUCUGUAUGUGCUCCAUGCGAUAUUAAUAUUUAUCUGCAGUACAACAACACUAAUGUUUAUCUUUAUUCCUAAG